CCGUGGUGGAGGGGGAACACACCAGAUGCAUACAUAGGCCGGCGAACCCGCACCAUGAAACGAACCGCCGAGAGCGUCGCUGGCUGAGAAGGACUGGGAGCAUGGAAGUCAACGUUUGCAUCGCCGUGGUUGUCUUAGCUGUGAGCCUUUUGACAUGCGACGGGUACCAGCUGUGCGGUACUGCACCAACAAAGGUAAAGCAGAACGCGGAUGGUACCGCACCAACUUCGCAAGUGUCGCCUGUGCACUGGCCCUGGAAUGCUGCCAUCCACACAAUCGCUAAAUUCCGACCGGAGCAGUACUGUGGAGGUGCACUUAUCACCGACCAGCACGUGCUCACAGCAGCGCACUGCAUCGACAAACGAACCAGCGAUGGAAUAAGGAUUCACUUGGGGUCUUGGCGACGAAGCACACUAGACAAGGAUGAACUUGCAAUGCCCGUGAAAGAAAUGUGCAUUCACCAUAACUUCUCCGGCAGCACCAACGACAUCGCCGUCAUAACGCUUGCGCAGCCCGUGAACUUCACGAGUGCUAUUAGACCAGUUUGCCUUCCUUACCGAAAGGAAACUUUCCCAACAGACUCCGAAGCCUACACGGCGGGUUGGACAGCAAGACCAAGAAAGGAACACCGUCGCACGAGGAGAUCGCUACAGGAGUUGAAGCUGACGCUACUUAACAAGAACAAAUGCUUGAAGUAUUUUGAUAUCGCCCUCUCCGAAGAUGUAUUGUGUGCGCUGCAUGAUGGUGGAUCACUUUGCGAGGGAGACAGUGGCGCCCCUAUUAUGCAAAACAUUGGCGGUCACUGGUUCCUGCAAGGAAUCCUUUCAGGCGGCCCUCCCACCUGUGGAGACUCGACGCUGCCUAUGGUCUUCACACGCGUGGCUAGCUUUAUGGACAACUUCAUCCAUCCUUAUUUGAGCGCCAAGACCCGCGACGCAAAGACGAAAUUUUGUAUACUAAAAUGACGCAACCAAGGCCCUUGGAUUUAUAUAAUAGGAUUGAGAUGCUGCUCGUAUUACGUGACCGAGUGUCUCAAGUAACGCCCUUUCACUGUUCACUGUACCAUCAUUAUUUAUGUCGCAAAGUUCAUAAUCACUAAGAAUUACGCAGACGCAUGAUUCUGUUUCUCCAUUUAUGUGAGCAGUGAAAAGCUCGACCACACUAAGUUUUCUAGUCGUGAAAUCAUAGAUUUUCCUCUUUUCUUUCGUGAACUUUCAUUCAGAGUGUCACUUUUUACUAACUGAAUAAAAGUUCCAAAAAUGUUUUGCAUUGACUGAAAAUCAGAGCUGACCUCCAGCAGAAGGCACAUCACCAAUUUUGUACGGUAGCUGUCUGCACGAAAAGUAAGGACAGCCCAAAGUCGGUGCUGUGUUGAAUUACGAUAUAAAUUACUCUGUAAUGACUGUGUUUGAUUACUCUUCAUCACGCAUGUUACUUAUACCACCGUAUUCAUUAAGCAUGCCCAAUUCAACGAAGACAAAGGAUAUGAAAUUCACCUGUCAAUCGGCGGAAUAGUGCAAUAAAGCAUUGUAUGCAAACACAUAGUUGCCUUAUUCUCAGUAGACUUUCGACAUCAAUUCCUUUUGGAAAGGUUUGCUUGGCACGUUUGGAUUGUAAAAAAUAGAACACUGAAAAGAAUCAUAUGUGAUCAAAUGCUGAUGUUCAUAGUUAGUGUUCACCCGCCGAGGUGGUGUAGCGGCUACAGCGUUGCGCUGUUGACGUGCCCUUGCGACAUGUCGCCACUUCAGAGGUCGAUGUUUACAACAUGGACAAUUAUCCACAUGAUGGACCAUAAGGGCGGCGUGCUAAAUAAAACAAAUCACUAAUUACAAAUCAAAUGUUACCUUAGCGCUCCUGUUGCAAGUAGUGCAAUUGAAAUCGAGAAGUUGUGAAGUGCACUGCAGGCUGCACUGCAACCUCGGACUUAUCAGUUUCAUCAGGGGGUGGCGUUUUUCCCGGACAGCUGUUGGCACGGCCGCACUCUGGCAGCGGCAGCGGCGGCGUAAGUACAUCUUCU